AUGUGUGGCAGAGUUGGAAGCUGGAUUCUUGUAACAAUAUUACUACUAUCUGCUAUCGUUACGAGGGCAGAAAUAGGAGAUGUGAAAGGUUCUGCAUUAGAUGAAAUGCAAGUCCUGCAAACAGAUAAUAUAGAAGUCAAAGAAGGCAAUGGAAAAGAGAUCGAAAAAAUGAAUGCAGCAGAGGCCACAGCAACGGAUAUAGCAAAACAAAUUUAA